AUGCUUGCAUUCAAAUUCCCAAAGCUCCACCGCAGACGCCUCCGCUCAUAUUGUUCUUCAAUUGCUGCCGAUUCAGAAUCUAGUUACCUCAACAAGCACAUCGAAUCUUUCCUCUCUAACAACAAUGGCUUCGAAGAAUCCAGGACAACUCUUCUCUCCACGCAUGCCUACAUCAUAACAACUGGCCAUGCGCACAAUAGAUUCCUGGCUUCAAAGCUGAUAGCAUCUUACGCCGCACUUAACCAGCUCGAUUCCGCCACCCGAGUCUUCGAUUUCCUCGCUGUCAAGGACACUUUUCUCUGGAACUCCAUCAUCAAAGCCCAUUUCUCAAAUGGGAACUAUGCGGAAGCCGUGGAUUUCUUCUCCGAGAUGCGGGUUUUCGGCGCUUUGCCGAAUCAGUUUACGAUUCCGAUGGUUGUUUCCGCCUGCGCCGAACUUGGGUCGGUUUGUAUCGGCUUGCAAAUUCAUUGUCUGGUCUCGAAAUUGAAUCUUUUUCAUGGGAACUCUGCUGUUGGGGCUUCAUUCGUGUAUAUGUAUUCAAAAUGUGGGGAUGUGGAGGAUGCUUGUCAUGUGUUUGAUGAAAUGCCUGUGAGAGAUGUCGUUGCUUGGACGGCGCUCGUGAUUGGGUACGUGCAAAAUGGCGAGAGUGAGCAGGCUUUGCAGUGUCUUUGUAAGAUGCAUCACGUUGGGGGUUACGGUGAGAGGCCGAAUUCAAGAACAUUAGAAGGCGGGUUUCAAGCUUGUGGGGAUUUGGGUGCUUUGGUAGAAGGUAGGUGCCUGCACGGGUUGGCUCUUAAAUUCGGAACUGUGUCGUCACGUAUCGUUCAAUCUGCCAUUUUGUCUAUGUAUUCAAAGUGUGGAAGCAUUGAGGAUUCGCGAGUUUCGUUUUCCGAAGUCGUGAAUAAGGAUCUUUUAUCGUGGACUUCGAUUAUUGGCGUUUAUUCGAGGCUGGGGUGCAUUUACGAAUGCUUUCGUAUGUUUUCAAGAAUGCUGGAUAACGGGAUAUAUCCAGAUGGGAUGGUGAUUAGCUGUUUGAUUUCCGGUUUUGCUAACUCCUCGAAAGUCUCCGCAGGAAAGGAGUUUCAUGGUUUUAUCGUAAGGAGAAAAUAUGAUCUUGAUCGGCUUGUAUGUAAUUCAUUACUGUCGAUGUAUUGUAAGUUUGGGUUGGAUAUGAACUGCGUAAAGAUGUUCGGAGAAAUGCAGCAUCGAGGAUUUGAAUCGAAUUCGAACAGCACAGUAUCUGCGAUUUCUUCGUGCGCGAGAUUGAGAGAAAUCCGUUGCGGUCGAUCCAUACAUUGCCAUGUUGUAAGAAAUUUGAUGCUUCAGAAUGUGUCGGUCGCUAACUCGCUUAUAAGUAUGUACGGGAAAUGUAGGAGUUUGACUGUAGCGCAGAGGUUAUUUUAUAAUACAAAACCGGACAUUGCUACAUGGAAUUCUCUUAUUUCAUCUUAUAACGACAACGGAGAAUAUCUCGACGCUUUAAAUCUUUUCGAUAAAAUGAUUUCACAAGGAGUGAAGGCCAACACAGCUACGCUGUUAUCUUUGCUAUCUGCGUGUACUCAUAUUGCAUCUCUGGAAAACGGAAGAAAAAUUCAUAAUUACAUUAUCGAAGAGGGAAUUAAAUACGAAGUUUCUGUCGCCACAUCGUUGGUCGAUAUGUACGCAAAAUGCGGACAAAUCGAAACGGCGAAAGAAAUCUUCGACUCGACGGAGGAAAAAGAUGUUAUAUCUUGGAACGUGAUGAUUUCUUGUUACGGGAUGCACGGAGAUGGGAAAUCGGCCAUUCAAGUUUUCGAAAAAAUGGAAAGAUGUAACGAGAGAAUAUUCCCGAACGAACUUACAUUUCUCGCGCUCCUCUCAGCUUGUGCUCAUGCAGGAUUGGUCAACGAAGCCGAAUCUCUAUUCGUUAGAAUGAAAGAAUAUUCCCUCGUACCUAGUUUAAAGCACUAUGCUUGUAUGGUGGAUCUUUACGGAAAAUCGGGUGGUUUGGAUAAGGCUGAGGCUCUUAUUUUGUCGAUGCCGUUUGUGCCAGAUGGGGGAAUAUGGGGUUCUUUAUUAACUGCUUGCAAAAUGCACAAUAAUGCUGAGAUGGGUUUGAAGAUAGCAAAACGAGCUAUUGAAGCCGACCCGGAAAACGAUGGGUAUUAUAUAUUGAUGUCAGAUUUUUACAGCUCGAUGGAGAUGUGGGAAAAUGUGGAACAAGUGAGGAAGAUGAUGAAAGAUAGAGGGGUGAAAAAAACGGCGGGAUGGAGUUCAGUAUAG